UUUUAAGUUUCAAGGGAGAAAUUCUGCUUGAUUCAAAGCAGUUCAAAGCAGCUGUUGGAUUUGAUACAGAGUCAGCACUUUCAGGAAUGAGCGUUUACCAGGAAUGGACGACAAGAGUGUGUCUAACACUCAAUUGACUAACCUAGUACAAUGACCAUUGUAUGGGAAUGCAGACUUACAGGUAAUUGAAAGCUUUUAAUGGGUUUGGCUUGUGUACCUGACAGCAAUGUUAAAGGUGUAGCCAUAGAGAGUAUAAGAGGGAGGGGUGAAGUGGAGGUACAGUCAGAGGAAGAGUCAAAGAGGGUGGAAUAGAGAGGGAGUGAGGUUGUCAGGGAAAGGGAAAUGAAGGCGUAAGCAAGAUUGUGCCUGCAACACAGGCUCACUCUGUCUCUCAGAAUACAGCUGACAGAACAGCCAUGGUUGGAGACAAACUGGAGGAGAAAACAAGGAGCGAGUGAGAAAAAACAACAAGCCACCCUUGGCCACCUUAUCUUUUCCAUCUAUAUACGGAAACCACUGGAUAAUUUAUAAGCCUCUCCCUCUUGCUCUGUGUGAGAGUGUGUGUGUGAGAGAGAGGGGGGGAUUUGCUGAGCUCACCACCACCAUGCUGUAUCCUGCUGCUGUCAGUGCAGCCGCUGCGGCUGUCUGGCUGCUGGCAGUGCUGGGCCCAUGCCUGUCUCUUCCAGCUGAGGACAACUCAGAGCUAGGCUUCAGCCUCUGCAGCAACUGCUUCUACAGACAGACGCCUCCUCAGGGAGCCUCUGAAGGACCGCUGCUGCGACCACUCUGCCACAGACUGCCUGGGGGACAGGAGUUUGCCACUCUGUCCAAACCGACCUGUGACACAGCUGUCUACUCCGCCUUCCAUCUCAGCCAUGGAUGGACAGAGAGAGGGGGGGAGGAGGGGGAAGAGCUUGUGACAAAGGAAGAAGAAGACAUCAUUAAAAUAGCAGUCCCAGCCCUUCUCAGAGGAGGUGGAGAUCCAUCUCACCCUGUCUCGCCUACAGACUCCCCGCUUACACACUGGGAUGCAACAGUCACAACACUGGUUCUGUCAACCUUCACACCCCAGUGCAGCACUUUAGGCGGUGAUCUCUACAUCCUGACCGGGGCCGGAGGUUUUGGGGCUGCUGAGGAUGGAGACGAGGAGUGUCAGACUAAGCCACUGUGGUCUGCAGUGUGCUGCGCUGCCCCAGAAGGGAAGAGUGGUUUCAGUGUGGGGUUAAUCAGAGAGACAGGGGAGGGGGAGAGACAAGUGAGCGUGAAAGAGCUGGAGGAGACACUAGGAGUGGCAGAGCUGUUCUCAGAAGGCUGUGGAGGAGCAGAUGGAGAGGCUGUUGGAAUUGGAGUGGGUCUUCACACUGAUGGGCUCCCUGGAAAUAUAGAAGAGCUGGAUGCAGAACUUACUGGUGAAAACACUGGAUCUGAAGAUGUAGAUUCAAGCACAACUGAAACUCUGGAUGAACUAGAGACAGAUGACAAUUCCAGCAGCACUCUAGUCUACGUCCUUUCCACCACCGUCUCCAUCCUUACAGCUCCACUGCGGCCUGUGUUCUCCACAAUCACCCAGUUACCUGGACAGGUGACAUACGUUCUUCAGGAAGACCUUGGAGUUCUGGCAGCCCUGCCUGGAGACAUCUACACCUUGCUCCACCUCUUUAUCUCUGACCUUUUGUCCUUGAUGGGCUCAGCUGCAGAAAUACUACUGGGUAUUGGGGAAACCUGUUUCUUUGGCGUCUACUUCUGCACCUCCUCCAUGCUGGGGGCCCUGCUGGACAGCUGCCACACUGGGGUCACUGGCAUGGGGACCCUGGCUGGAGACACAGUGGGGAUAUUUGGUGACGUGGUGGAUAAUGGUUGGUGGGUGAUCGAGUUCUUUGGAGGGCGGCUUUGGGAACAGAGUGAGGGAUAUGUCAGAACAGUGAUGUCAGAGAUGGGGGGUCAGGCGGAAGCUGUAGGUGGCGGGUUUGGGAGGCUGGUGUGGAGAAGUAAAAAUGGGGUGGGUAAUGUGUUUUGGCUGGGAGGGGGUUUAAUAAUGGGGAUGGUGGAUACAUUUAUUGUUGAUGUAAGAGAGGGUUUUGGGCAGGAGUCAGGGUGAAAAGUGGAGGGAAAAUCCAGACUCCACUUGACGAUAGUAACAAAAAUUUCCAAAUGUUUUGUCCAGUUUUGGUUUGUAAAUUUCUUUAGCACGUAAGAGUGUGAAAAAUGGGGAACUAUUUAAAUUUGAUGUCAUCUGAUAUGCCGUAGUUGUUCUUGAAAUGUCCAUUUACUGUAGGGCUUACACUUCACUGUGGCUGGCUGUAUCUGAGAGCUAGGAUAUAGUGACCCAACUGUGAUUUAAAAACACUGUGCACAAGGCUUUCGGAUGUAAUUAUUGAAAGCAAUUCUUGUAUGAUAAUUGUUAUGAUAAAUGUUUGCUUACAUGUACAUUUGAAUAAAAGAGAAUGCUGGCUUA